CUCUGACAAUUCCGAAGAUCUGGUGGCUCUCUAAAUUUCCUUCCUUUUAAAUAAAAAGGAAACUUUUUUUUUGUUUUUCAGUUUAUGUAGGGAGGGAGGAGAUGUGAAGAGUCAAAGUGAAAAUUGAAUCGAUGCAACGCUUCAUAGUUAUAACAAAACCCAUUCCUUUCCAUUAAUAGAAAGUUUUUUUACAUUUGAUUCAAGAAAAGGGGUUUUAAUUUGGUCGACGACAUAAGAAGAAGAAGAAGGUGAUGAUGGGAAGCGAGGAGGAAGAAGAUGAUUGGUUCUCGGAUGCUCGUGAAGAGGUAUCGGAUUACAACUCCCAAGUCGAAGUCGAAGUCGAAGAUGAAUUUGUACAAGCGAGUGGCGAUUUAGAACUGUGGACAAUGAACCCCGACAGUGUUUCUAACCGUCGUAACAAGUUUUUCGAAUCAAUGGGUUUCAGUUUCAAAAAGAGAGGAGGACACGUUCACGUCGGAGAAGACGAUGAUGUGAUCAUUCCUCUCUCCCAACCAUUGAACUCUGUCUCUGAAACUGAUCACGACGACGAGGAGAAGGAGAAGAAGGAGUUGUUGAGGAAUGAAUCUAUCUCCACCUCCUCCUCUCAGUCUGAUACACCAUCUGUUUCAUCCUUGUCAACUUCUUCUUCUUCUCGUUCCAUAGGAGGAGGAGGACCGUUUUUGGAUCGAGCCAAGAAAAUUGAUGAUCGUAUUUUCUUGACCAGAGAUUGUUCCACUAAUAGCGAUAGCAGCAGCAGCAUUGCUUUGAGCGAGUCUGGUGGUUCCAGUAGUAGCAGAUCGGCAGAGGAUUAUUCGCCUAACAAGGGAGGAGGAGCUAAAGGAUGGUUAAAGAAGUUAGGUGUUCUAACUCACGUUCUUGACAAAAACGAAGAAGAGUCCGUUGGAUCAUCAUCGACAAGGAGGAGACAACUAACAAGAGUCCAGUCUUUCAAGAAGCAGUUCAAGGAGCUCUCCUCUCUAUGCAUCGGACAAGAGUUCUCAGCGCAUGAGGGAUCCAUUCUCGUCAUGAAGUUUUCUCACGAUGGCAACUACUUGGCCACUGCUGGUGAAGACUGUGUUGUCCGAGUUUGGACCAUCACCCAAGAAGAGAGGAGAGACUAUCUGUUUGAAGUGGUGGCUGACUCUGACUCCACCUCUAAUAACUCUGUUGUUUACUUUGGGAUGAAUGACAAGUCACAACAGAUUGAGCCGUUAAACAUUGAGAACGAGAAAGUCGAAAAGAUCAGUAGGAGUUUAUUGUUGAGGAAGAAGUCAGAAUCGACCUGCGCUGUGCUGCCUCCAAAGGUCUUUACUAUAUCUGAAACCCCUCUGCAUGAGUUCCAAGGACAUGCUGGUGAAAUCUUGGAUCUUUCCUGGUCGGACAAAGGGUUUCUACUAUCGUCAUCAGUGGACGAGACUGUUCGUUUAUGGCGAGUUGGCUCUUCUUCUGAUGAAUGCCUCAGAGUUUUCUCUCAUAAGAGUUUUGUGACUUGUGUGGCAUUUAAUCCUGUGGAUGACAAUUACUUUAUAAGCGGAUCUACUGAUGGGAAAGUCCGUAUAUGGGAUGUAUCACGUUUCAGGGUUGUUGACUAUACAGAUAUAAAAGAGAUUGUUACAGCUUUGUGCUAUCGUCCUGAUGCUAAAGGUGUAGUUGUAGGUUCCAUGACUGGAGAUUGUCUCUUUUACCAUACUAUUGAUAACCAGCUGGAACUGGAUAAAGAGAUCAGUUUACAUGGGGGGAAGAAGAAAAAGAAGAAUAAGGUUCCUAGCAAAAGAAUCACUGGUUUUCAGUUCUUUCCUGGUGAUUCAGACAAACUAAUGGUCACUUCUGCUGAUUCUCAAAUCAAAAUAAUCUGUGGAGUUGAUACAAUCUGCAAGCUUAAGAAAGCUUCAAGUCUUAGGACAACACUGAGCCCAACCUCUGCUUUGUUCACAUCGGAUGGGAAGCACAUUGUGUCAACAAUAGAGGACUCAGGCAUUCAUGUUUGGGACUACUCUCAGCCCAACAAGAAAGCUGUUUCUCCUCGGAAACCAAAAACUAUCAGGUCUUAUGAGGGAUUUCUCUCAGACAACGUCUCUGUUGCCAUACCCUGGCUAGGCCAGGGGAAAGAGGAGGACAGUGUCUGCAGUUUCAUUGCUGAUUUGGACAAAAAGUUUGCUCAUUUGCCGUUGCCAGUGAGGGACUGUUUCUCUCAACUGAAAGGAGCUACAACUUGGCCCGAAGAGAAGCUAGGAGUAGUAGCAGGUUCCGCUGCAGCAGCCAUCUCAGCUACGGCCAGCAGCAGAUCCAAACUGAGGCUACUGAGGAGCGUGUGCCAGAAUGUCAACAACACUUGUACGCCUCACCUGUGGGGGCUAGUGAUUGUGACAGCAACUUGGGAUGGUAGGAUCAGAGUGUUCCAUAACUACGGUUUACCAAUUCGGGUCUGAAGCAGAGUGUUGUGUACAUUUGCAAGUGUUAGUGUAGAUUUAUUUGGUUUGAUUUGAUAGGAGCUCACUUAAGCCUUAAAAGAUCAUGAGCUAAAGUGGGUCUCUUUCCAUUGGUUCUAUAUAUAUAGAGGUGUGAGUGACACAGAUUAUUAUUAUUGUUGUAUGUGUGUUAAAACUGGGAAUUAAUAUAAUUUGCCUAGUCUAUUUUCAAAAAUUUCGUA